GCUCGCAGACCUGCGGUUACCUAUCUAAGAAUGAGAGGAAUCAUAGAUUCGUUCAUAUGUCAUUUUUCUACCCUACUUUUCCCGACUUAAAAUGGUACAUUCCUCAUUUGUGGUCAUAUCCCUGAGUCACUUAGCACGAACGUGGUUAUCCCGUAACGGAAGCACAGCAUCCUAGGUAACUCGCAGCUUACCCACCGGAAGCCGAUGGAUCGCCCAGCCUUGUCAUGGAUUGAUGCGGGCUCUACUAGUCUAGUAGUAUGAGACGUACCAAUGGACUACUAGUUUUUUAGCUCAUGUAUGCAAGGCUGUGUGUGCCCCGUCGGGCGUUCGUGUUGCAUGGCACCAACAGCAUCGCCUCCUCACUAUAAGGGGUUGCCCCGGGAUUUCUGCGUAUAACAAUACUUUGUCCGGAACAUGUGCCGAAGAUUCAUGGAACGCAGGGCAAAUCGUCAGGCGUCAUCGUGGGGUGUACCUGUAAUUAUCUUGUAAUGCUAGCCUUGAGGCUCUCUAAUCUACGCUAUAUAAGUAACGUCCAGGCUGCGGCUUAUGACGACUUAGACAUCUUGGAUACUGUCCAGUUUUUUUAGACAGAAAUUAAAGACUUCAGUGUAACAACACGUUGAAAAUGUAUGCGAUUGCAAAGCCAAACGAAUAUCUCGUGCUCACUGGAGCCGGGAUAGACGAUAUUCGCAUUUGCAAGAAAGCUAUAGUACUCCCCUUCCAGCGAUGUGAGAGGAUCUCUGUGGCGCCCUUUGAUUUGGCGCUCAAUCUUCAGGCCAUGACUAUGGAAAAGCUUCAAUUUUCAUUGCCGGCAGUGUUCACUAUCGGAGCCGACAAUGAAAUGGAGGCACUCAAAGAUUACGCUCGGCUCCUUGCAGAGAACUCUGACGACAAAACUAAUGUCCAGAAAAUUGUGAAAGGCAUUAUCGAAGGUGAAACUCGAGUCAUCGUUUCCAGCAUGUCCAUGGAGGAAGUCUUCAAGGAAAGGCAGAUUUUCAAAAACAAAGUAAUUGAGAACGUGCAAAAAGAACUUCAGCAAUUUGGCCUGCGAAUUUACAACGCCAAUGUCAAAGAGCUCCAGGACACUCCCGGCAGCGAAUACUUUAGCAUCCUAAGCCAAAAAGCGCACGAAGGAGCUCUUAACCAAGCAAAGAUCGAUGUUGCUGAGGCACGGAUGAAAGGUGAGAUUGGAGAGGCAGAGAAAAAGGGCAAAAUGAAGCAGGAAAUCUCCAAAAUCGAUGCCGAUACUGCUGUACUGGAGACGAAACGGAGAGCCGAAAAAGCCAAGGCGGAUUCCGAGCUCAUGAAUCGUCAGACUGAGCUCGAUGCCAGUGUUCAAAUCAGCAAGAUUACAACCAAGCGCCAAACAGAGAUGAAAGAUGCAGAGCUGCAGAAACAAGUGGAGUCCAAGCGUGCCGAAACCGAACUGGAACGUCUUAGAGCCAGCGAGGUCACUAAAAGCAAGGUUGCGCGCGAGUCUGCACAGGAGAAUGCAGAUGCCGCUUACUAUACGGAGCAGAAAGCAGCUGAUGCGCGGUUGUAUAAACAAAAGAUGGAUGCAGAUGCAGCCUAUUAUCGUCAAAGCAAAGAGGCCGACGCUGCCCUCUAUCAGCAAAAGCGCGAAGCUGAAGGAAUUCUGGAGAUGUCUAAGGCAUACGGUGCCCUUAUUGACAUCCUCGGAGGACCUCAAGCCUUCCUACAGUUCAGAAUGAUGGAGAACGGUACAUAUGAGAGGUUAGCCAAGGCCAACGGCGACGCUAUCAGGGGACUAUCACCCAAGAUCUCAGCAUGGAACACCGGAGAGGGCUCUGGAGAUGCAAUGGCCCCCGUCCGAAAUAUCAUGCAAGGCCUUCCGCCUCUUCUCGCCACCAUCCACGACCAGACCGGCAUCAGCCCACCAUCCUGGUUGGGCCAGAUGCCUGUGAAUGGUGAAGUCAACAAACGAAAGUAAGAGAAUAUCCACCGGGAAACUGAAGCUUUAUACGCGACUCCUCUGGCAUAUGACCAAGGGCAGAUAUAAUGAUUAUUCCACAAGUAACUCAACCAUCUUUUCGAUUUACCAUUCCCUUUUAUCGAUGUUUUGCAGUCCUUGCUUUUUCUCUUUGUUUCUCUUUUCCUUUUCAGUAAUACCCACUGUCUUUCUUAGGUCAAUAUCGGAAGGUCGUUAUGUUUCUAGGGUAAUGGGUAAUGUAUGUUAGUACAAGAAAUCAAGUAUUAUUUCAAUCAAUGCUGUUUUGUGCAGGAGGUCAUGAUUCCAGUUUGUACAGGGAAACGGAUAAGGUCAUCCACGUAGACCGAAGUGCUUUCGGCCAAUCAAAUCAUGUGAUAAGCGUCAUCCGCACUGGGGCCAUUCAUUGUACUGUCAACGAGUCUACUACUAUCCAACACAACCUCCCCCUGUAAU